AGCAUGUUCAGUUUCAACUUCCGUCGUCUGAACCUUUUUCUUUCAUUCAUUGCAUAAUCUAUCGCUCUCUAGUAAGCUGAUGAGGGCUAGAAAAAAUAACAUUCAACAUGACGGACCAGUCGUAUGGAAACAAACCAUUGUUUGUAGAUUUGAAUGCAGGAGAAGACCAAGAAUCAAGCAAGAUAGAAAGCAUGUGUAUAAAUUGUGAAGAAAAUGGAAUUACUCAAAUUUUGCUGACCAAGAUACCUCACUAUAAAGAAGUGGUGUUGAUGUCAUUUGAAUGUGAGCAUUGCGGAUAUAAGAACAAUGAGAUCCAACCAGGGGCCAGGAUUCAAGACAAGGGAUGCACAUUGAAGCUGACAGUUCAAAAUGAAAAGGACCUGAACAGACAGGUUGUCAAAUCUGAUGCAGCCAUGGUGUUGAUUCCUGCAUUACAAUUUGAAAUUCCAUCAAACACUCAGAAAGGAGUUCUGACAACAAUUGAAGGACUUAUCAGCAGAGCAGUAGAAGGGCUUGAACAAGAUCAACCGCUUAGAAAGGCCUUAGAUCCUGAGACAGCUACCAAAAUUCAAGACUUCAUUGACAAAAUGAAAAACCUAAAACCACCUUUUGAACUGACGUUGGAUGACCCUACAGGUAACAGUUACAUCGAGAACCCUGAUGCUCCUGCUAAGGACAAGUACUUAACGACUAUAAACUACACAAGAACAAAAGAACAAGAUAUAAAGCUGGGAUUGGUUGCUGUAGAGGCUGAAGGCAUAGCGGAGGAUGAUGAUGAGGGUGAUGUUGCAGACUUGAAUAAGGAAGUUCUGUCAUUUCAGUCCAACUGUAGCAAAUGCAAUUCCCCAUUGGAAACACACAUGAAACUUGUCACCGGAGGGAAGUGAAAUCAUUCUCAACAUCACCGACCCUAUUGACCUCAACAGAGAUAUCCUUAAGUCUGAAACUUGUACUGUGAAGAUCCCAGCCUUGGAUUUUGAACUUUGCAGCGGUACACUUGGCGGCAAGUUUACGACUCUAGAGGGCCUCCUUACAGAUAUUAAAGGACAACUUAGUAUGUUAAACACUUUCCAGCUUGGUGAUAGCUCCCGAAUGAGUGAUAACACGAAGAUGACAAAAUUCCUGAGCCAAUUAGAUAAGGUCAUUACUGGAGAAUUGAAAGUUAACAUUAUACUGAAUGACCCUGCUGGAAAUAGCUAUAUUCAGAAUUUGUAUGCACCAGAAACAGACCCUGAACUAACAGUGAGAAAGUACACAAGGACAGCUGAACAGAUAGAAGAGCUAGGCCUAGACCAACUCAACACCGAUAACUACUCGAUGACCUCAAACACAUGAUGUAGUCUAGAAUGAUGUAAUGAUGCUAUAAAUAGCAAACAAAACAGUGAAAAUAUAUGGAUGAAUAUAUAUAAAGUAAUAUUUGGCUAAUAUUAUUGUUUCUCUGUGUGUUGUUGUGAAGAGAUAUCAGAAUAAUAUCAUAUAAUAUUCAAUGUUUUGUGGCAAAAGUUUCAGAUUUUUCAUACAUAAUAACCAAAUUGUCUACUUACAUAAAAAUGUUAACCUUUAACCUUAGUAUGUUCCAUCCAUGAAAGUAUGAAAAUAUGCACUGCUAGGUUUGUACCUUCCUCCAAAAAACUGAUGUUGAGUGGAUUUGUAUUGUUAGGUAUAUUUUGUUGAUGCAAGACAAUUAUAACCAAAUUGUGUACUGACAUAUUAAUAAUGAACUUUAACCUUAGUAUGAAAAUGUUCCAUCCAGAAUGUGAAAAUAUGCACUGCUUGAUUUGUACCUUUCUCCAAAAAACUGGCAUUGAGUUGAUUUGUAUCGUUUCUCUUUUGUGCUAUUUUUGUGAAAAAACAUAAUAGUGAUGACUUUAACCUUAUUAUGGAAAUGUUCCAUCCAGGGUAUGAAAAUGUUCACUGCUUGAUUUGUACCAUUCUCCAGUAUUUUUUGCAAAAUCGUGUAUACAGUAAUUUAAGAAAAAAGCAAUUUUAAGAGAUAAUGGCAUUAUAAAUACACACAACUUACAAAAUUCUCAUAGUAUACAAAUUUUCUAUUUUAAAAUGGGACAAUAAAGUGUUUUUGAAUCUUAAAUUAGUUAACAUUAAAUAGAGGAAAUAGUGCCAGAUAUAUUUUUUACUUGUCAAAAGGAUUGGCACUUAUAUUACAAGAAGACAGUGAUUAAAUUCACUUUUUCCAAUUUUAUUAUUAAUUAAAAGUAUCUGAGAGGAGGAGAUAUACUGUAAAUACAUAGGCCUAUGUAUACAUUUAUCUUUGAGACAUUUGUUGAUAUUUCGGGGCAGUUCAGUAUCUUUUGACGACAGCCUAUGAUUUGAAUGGACAGGUUUGGUGAGACCUAACCUGUUGUGUGCCAAGCAUUUUGUAUUCUCUUAACUAGGCUGGUUGAUUUUGUGGCUACUGGACAAGUGGACUACUUAAGCCACCCUUUGAUCACUUCUGUUAGCAAGUAUCAUUAACAUUUUGAGGUAGAAGGAAUGUAUUUUUGAAUCGCAUUUAUAGCUUUCGGAUGCCUGUUUAUUUCCAAGCACAGGUCAUUAUUAAAAGAGAGCAUUGAUCACGGUUUUUUUUUUGUUUUUUUUUGUUGAACCUCCCUUGUUCUACUUGCGUAUUUAAGUCUAAAAUAAAUAUAAUUUGUUAAAUAAUCAGCCUUCUGAAAUUCUAAACCAUAUCAAACAAUUAUUUAUGUAAAAGAAAUAUUUGUAAAGGUUGAAUUCAACAUUAUUUCAGUUGUAACUGUUGACUUAAUACUUCAGUGAUUUAAUCUGUAUUAGAAGUGUCAUAGAACCGCGAAAGUAAGGUUUGAAGAAAGUAGGCCACACAAACAUAACAUGCACUUAUUUAUAUGAAAAGAACAUAAUGAUAGCUUGCGGGUGACUACAAUCCAAUGAUAAGUUUCGUCAUAUUGAAGUUGUGUUCAUUUUAUCGUCUGCAAGUACUAAGCAUAAUGAUAUCCUGGUAAGUUCUAAUUGGAUUAUGUGGUCCUAGUAAUAUUUCAAGAAAUAAACCAACAAGCAUGUAAGUGAUUUCCUGGAGGGUACAAAAUUAUGAGAUUUGUUUUGUUUUUCAUAUCAGUUAGACAUCGGAUUUCUGUUACUUGCUUGCCUUAUUGGAAAGUAGUAUAAUCAACUGUUUUAUUUGCUACUUUGCUACCAUGGUAACAUACAUAAAAAUCAGAUUCCUUUUUGUGUAGUAUAAAUAGUAUUGUUUACGGCGAAGCAUACUGUUAGGUCGACACGAUUAACGACGACGAGGCGCGUGCGACGGAUUGUUUUCAGUGGCGUCACAUGCACCGCUCGAGCGGAAUUUUCGCCGAAGGCCAUGUCUGAUAGUGAGCACUGCUGUGUUAUAAGUGUUUUCAUAUCCUUGUAAGCGUAACUGACAGAACUAUGCCUACUCUAUGAAAAUACGUUUAAUUACUUAGUGAAUGCGUAUAAACUAAUGACAUUUGUGUACUUUCUAUUUUUCAUCCAGAAAAACAUGUUGCAAAUCAAGAAAAAAAAAUGUGGUUAGCUUAUUCAACGCAUUUGAUCUCCUUAAUAGAUGAGAAAUGAGACAUUAACAAACAUGUGACAGAGCUUUAAGUGGCUAAAGUAAAACGGUUUUAGGGAUGGAAUGAAUGAGCUUUGGGUAUAUAGGCCCCCUAUUAUUAUUUAAAAAAUUAUAUUCGUUAUUCAUGAUUAAUAAAAGGUGUAGCCGCAUUAGUCUCAGUGAUAUAGAACUAUAAUAAUAAUGAUAACAUCACUAUAAAGACUACAGUUCGUUCCAGCUUUCGUCAAUUCGUUAUUCAGUGUCUGGAUAUUAGCAGAUUUCUUAAUUUAAUCUGCAUUUUGCGAUCUUUGCCUGGUAAAAUAUAAACAUCCUUUUCUCUUCGUAAUUUGAUUGCUGUAAUACAGGCCAUGGUGUGGCGUGCACUGUAACGACGGUACGCUCGACUGUCAUUGACGGUCAGUGGAAUAGCGUUGUUGCGCGUCGCAUAAUUCAAACCACCGGCGAUUUUUUUUUUCGGCGACGCAGUGUGUUUCGGCUUUGUAGAUUCAAGUUCGUCUUUUUCGCAUACAUAAUACAUGUUAAAUGUUCUUUGCAGUACAAACAUAUAGUACAAACAUUGUAGUACCCGCUGCUACUGGGGAUCAGAUUCAACACUAGGCGCAAGCUCGGUGGUCUAGUCACUAGUACAUACUAUUUAUCCCGAAUAACUUGCAAUUUCUUUUUUUCGCAAGUGUACUGAUUCGGUAAGAAAACACGUCAGGAGGGCAAAACAUCAGUCGUAUGGUAUUUUUCUGACGCAAACACAUAUCGAACUAAAUUAAUAUUGUUAUACUUUCAAGCUUUGUUUUUAAUUGACACAUUCCGACAAUAAAAUUAACCAGAGCACAA